GUACCUCCUCUCCUCUGUGCAGAAGUUAGGAGGAGAGGAGAGAAUUUUUCUUCUGGAUGUUGAAACCUUACUCCCUCUCACAAUCCAAAAGACCUUUCAGUUUCAACCAUUUCACCCUCCCCUUUUCUUAACAAAGCUCCAUCCUCAACCAUGGAAUCCCAAAGAUCUGACUUUGUCAACAUGAACUCCGAGGCGGUGGCAAUGAUGUACCAAGGAGACAAGGAGGCGGCCGCCAGGCUAUUAUGGACUGCACUGGUUGGACUAAAGGGUCAGUUGGGCAAACCCAUGGAGUCACAACCAAAGGAAGAUGCCAGCAGAAGACGCGGUGACGCCGUUUCUGCUAAUGCCUCCGUUGACUGUGGAGCCGCACAAACAGAGACAGAAGACUUUGACAUGACCGACAUGGAAGCUGUAAGCCACGAAGCACCACCGUUGCUCCAAAGUGUUUCCAUUCCGUUCUGCGAGCUUUCCAUGCACUCAACAAGACGAAAUGAGAACAUCUUCUCAUUCUACCCAAGAGCCUUCACACUGGCGCAAGUCCCAGAGAACGAAGAGGACGCCACACGCUGCUGUUGCGUCGUUUUGUACAACCUUGCCCUGAUCCAACAUUCCCGGGCUCUUCAGAAAAAGGAAGGCGAAUGUCCUUGCCAGCUGUUGGCUCAUGCACGCUCCCUUUACAUGGGCGCCCACGACAUUGCCUGUGCUGGCUUGGGAGAAGACGACUGCCUCGACCUGUACUGCCUGCAACUGGCCUUGGCCAAUAACCUUGGCCACAUCCAUGGACACUCGCAUAACAAGGAGUAUGACUUCUCCAAGAUGUGCGACUGUCUGAACGGCUUGAUGGCAUUGAUUGCUUCCCCAAUGUCUCCUGACUGUGUAUCUGAUGAUGACUACGAGUUCUUCUACAUGAACCUUGUCACUUUUCAAGAGAACCCAGGGUUGUGCAUUGCACCCGCUGCAUAAGCUGCCCAGUUCACGUCAGAGUGAGUUACUGUUUUUUCACUUUGCAUCUGCACCAGUCAAGCGAUCUCCAUACUACUACUAGCCUACAUGUACAUAAAACAAAUUAGCAGUUAUGCUUCCACCUUU